GGUAACGUUGUAAACAGUAAUCAGUCAAGCCCCGCCCCCGUCUCGGAUACCUUAUCGCUGGUAACCGCGGCUGAUCAAAUGCAAGUUCACGAUCAUGCUACACCUGUAAUUACUACUGAUUGCUAGUCAGAACAACGGCUGUGUACUCUUAAAAUCAUUGAAUAGCGCAGGGCCCUGAAUGAUGAAUGAAGUGAGGGAGAGCCUGCGGACGUUGGAGCAACGCUACGGCCUGUUCAAACAGCAGCAGGUCACGUUUGUUACAGCGCUGGAACGCACUCGUGAAAACGCUCGCGACAGGGCAAGAGUCGUCUCUAACCUGGGCCAGGUACAGACUUACCUGGAGCGCCACUGUAACAAUGCCACAGACCGGCGAAUCCUCACUAUGUACCUGGACUUGUGUAGAGAUCUCAGCCUCUUGUGUCAGAAGCUAGAAAGUCUAAAGCCAGAGGCCAGCCAGACGGAUAAUGCUUUGGAAACAUGCAAGACCCUACUUAUGCAUAACAGUGACAUUAGCAACCUGCGGGCUAGAUAUCCUCAUGGUGAAGUUAACCGCUUGAGCUGCGAUGAUGCAAAAAAUCAUUAUGGAGGAGUCGUCAGCCUCAUUCCUGUAGUACUGGAUCACAUCGAGGAGAGUAUAGCAAUCACUGAGCAAUACCAACAGUUCAUAUCCAAAGCUUUGAAGAGAUCAUCUCCAGAGUACACAAACAAAAUGGAUCAGAACACCCUAAAUAUCACAAGUGCCUCAGAAGAGCAACCUGGCACCUACGGUGUGGGCACACAGACUAAGACAACCAGAGCUGUGGGUCAAGACAAAAAUGUCUCAGACGCAUACUCUUCAGCCAAUCAACGAAGCUCCUGGGAUGUUGCCAAACCUGCAUGGAGACCACCUGGAAGGACAAAUAAAAUGUAACAACAUGAACUGAUCACUGUUCCUAACGUGAUUUACAAUAAAAAUUAGUGCUGUUCAUAA